UUUUCCCUUUUUAUUAAGGUAUUGAUAUUUCAAAAGAUAUGAUCGACGUUGCAAGACAAAAAUAUCAACGCACAAACGUGACGUAUGAAGUUGCAGACGCUAAAAACUUUGUCGAAAACUUUCCAAAGUGGAAGGGUACCUUUGAUAAAGUUGUUUCGGUCCAUGCUUUACACUGGGUAGAGGAUAAAAUUAGUGCAAUGCGUAACAUCUACGAUUGCCUAACAAUCGGCGGGGAGUGUUUUCUCUUGUUUUGUGGGCCGAUGCACCAAAUGCUAGGCCAAAAUCCAGAUGAGCUGCCUUAUUAUUUAAAACAUCACAGUAAAUGGGAAAAACACCUGAAGGGUUACGUUCAUAGAAUGUACAAUCUGUUCGACCUGGAUGACACCCGAAAAUUGUUGGAAUCAGUAGGUUUUAAAGUACUUAGUGGAACGUCACACACGCCAUGUGAAAAUGUCGACAUCUCGAGUCAAGACGAAUUAGACGAAUACCUGCGUACGCUCCUUGGGCACCUAGUAUACUUACCACGAGAGUACCACACAGAGUUUCUUCAAGAUGCGAGUGACUGGUGUAAUAAAAACUUUCCAGUCAAUCAUCUAGGAAAUAUAUACUGUAAAGCGAUGAUAAUUGUCGUACAUGCUAUAAAAAAGUAAAUUUAUAUAAUGAGUUACAUGACUAUCAUUCUUUUUCUUCAUAUUCGAGGUCGUCAUCUAUUAUAAUAUAUACUUAAGUUAGUUGUCUAAUUUUUAUCAAAAUGAUAUUGUUAUUGAUUUCACAGAUAAUAAUUUCAUUUAUAUGAUAUUAUAUGGUUAUUGUGGGUUUAAACAAAAAAUAUAUUGGUCUACAUACGCAUUUUGAUAAUAACUUUGGAUGUAAAAGUAUAACCGCACAAUUCCCUAUCAGUUUUCUUUCUUUAGUUCACGCAUUCUAUACCAUUAAUUUUGUGUUGCCUUUCUUCCUAAGUUACUACAAUCUGUUUGCACUGUUACACAUCGUUUGUCUUCUACAUUACUAGACAGGGACAAAGUUUCAAAGCGGUGAGCACAACUUCCUCAGGCACACUAGUAAUACUUCUAAAAUGUCUCUAAUUUGAAGUUGAUGAGGCCGUGUGUGUAUGGUAUGAAAUGGUAACCUAAUAAUUGUAUUUUUGAGGAAUUUAUUCAGGUUUAGAUAAAAUAUCCUUCUGUUUUGCACAUAAUGCUAAUACGGCACAUGCUCUUGUCAUUUCUUUUUUAUAUCAAUCAUUUAUUGUUGAAACGAAUUACUUUGAAAAUUCAUAUAAAAGGUAUGAAAUGUGAUUAA